GGCAGUGAAGGGAGAGAGGAACCACAAUUUGCCCACAUUUCCACAGCAGUCCGACACCGAGGUGCUUUCCAGUCGAGCUCCGUGGUCCGAAACAAGCAGAAACCUUUUUAUUUUGACCCGUUUGGUUGAGCCGGGUGGGGGGAAAACUCCUGAAAUAUCCCGGGACCUGGUUUGUUUGCUCUUGACUCCUGCGGACGCCUGCGCGCAGGAACAGCUGAGGGGGAUAUAAGUUAUUUCCAGCAGAUCAGCGGAUCAGGAGAGCCUGGAAGAUGGGUUCAGUCCCUGCGAUUUCUGCCCUCGUUUUGGGCAUUGUGGUUCCAGCCCUGGCCGGAUACAUUGAGGCUCUUGCUGCCAACGCGGGAACAGGGAUCGGUGCGGUGGAGCCACAGGUGGCCAUGUUCUGUGGGAAACUCAACAUGCACGUCAACAUUCAGACCGGCCGCUGGGAGCCCGACCCGUCAGGAACCAAAAGCUGCGUAGGAACCAAAGAGGGUGUGCUGCAGUACUGUCAGGAGAUGUAUCCAGAUCUCAAAAUCACCAACGUAGUGGAAGCCAACCAGCCUGUCCGCAUUGAGAACUGGUGCAAAAAGGAGAAGAAGGUGUGCAAAGGCCACGCCCACAUGGUGGUGCCUUACAUGUGCUUAGUGGGCGAGUUUGUGAGCGACGUCCUGCUGGUUCCAGAGAAGUGCAAGUUCUUCCACAAGGAGCGGAUGGACCUGUGCAUCAGCCACCAGCAGUGGCACGCCGUGGCCAAGGAGGCCUGCUCCAGGAGCUCCAUGAUGCUCCACAGCUACGGCAUGCUGCUGCCCUGCGACAUCGACAAGUUCCACGGCACAGAGUAUGUGUGCUGCCCCGCCUCCCGCUUCGCAGAGUCCCCCCCGCCGUCCCUGCCCUCCCAGGAGGAAGACGAUGAUGACGAAGACGAGCAUGUGGAGAAUGAGGACGUCGCCCUGGGUGACGAUGAGCCUCUGGAGGAAAGGUGAGCA